UACUUUUGGUCUCUUUUUAUUUACUAAUUGCAGCAUAUUGCCUAGAAAGGAGAGGGUAAGAAAGGAAAAAGAAAGGGAGCUACAGCAGGCAGCUCAGGGAAGCAGCUCUCUGCUCUCCUGGAUAAAAUCCUCAAUCAGCAGCAAGGAGGAAGAGGAAGAUACGGAUGAAAGGUCUCAGUGGUUAAAGUAAAGAUAAGAAGAGAACGACUCCACCCUGGAGCCAUUGUGCACAUACAUCUCCAAGUUUAAUCUGCACGUACGCGUAGACUACUACAGCACAGCCAGGACGAAGUUUAGGUGUAAAAGUGAAAUUUGUCGAGCUUUAAUCUGUACCAUUCCAUGACACGACUUUCAUGAACAAUGGCAGCGGAGCUUUCCAGGGUACAGAAGGACUUUGUGGAUAGGGUGAACGAUGUCAUUAUUGACCAGCUCUUGGAUGACAUUUUAAAUUACGUUUUGAACGAUGGAGAGGUAGAAGCAAUCAGAUCACUUUUAAUCAGGGCAGACAAGGCCCGCAAACUCAUUAAUAUAGUGAAGAUGAAAAAAGAUGAUGAUGCCAGCUGGACGUUCAUUGCUAGUCUUGAAAAAAGAGAUCGUACACUUCACAAAAGCCUGGGUCUGCCUUCUGUUUCUCGGCGUCAACCUUCUCAGCCAGCUGCUGCGGCCCCGAAAGAGCAGGAGAGGUCAUUGGGUCAGCCUUCUGCUUCUCAGCGUCGUCCCUCUGAGCCAGCUGCUGGGGCCCCGAAAGAGCCGGAGUGGUCACCCGCACUCAUCCAUACAACGGAAGACUUCUGGAGUGAGAAACAGGAAGAUGAAACUGUUUACCCUGCAGCCAAAAAAUCCAUCUGGAAACGUAUGGCUCUGCUUAUCACUAACAUAGAGUUUAAGGACGAGGACAUGAAUAGAUACGGUGCAGACAAAGACGAGGAGAACAUGGAGGAUCUGCUCAUAGAGCUGGGAUACGAGGUGGUGAAGUGCACAGACCGCACUGGAAAGAACAUUGACGAAGAAAUAAUUAAGUUCUCCAAGCAUAAAAAACUGAAAGACACGGACAGCGUGUUUGUGGUUAUCAUGUCUCAUGGGGAACAGCAUGCUGUCUAUGGAGUCGACUUUAAAAAAAAAGACAAAGUGCAGGACAAGUUCCUCAUUGAUAACAUUUACAAACGCUUGGGGACAGCGAGUUGUCCAGCGCUGAAGGACAAACCCAAGAUCAUCCUCAUCCAGGCCUGCAGUGGAGGCAAGAAGGGAUCUGUGCCUGCUAGUGAUAGUGCUACAUCAGCUGUGGUCAGUGAUGAUGCACCAAAGAAAUACCUAUCACUGUCUGCUGGUGAACAAAACAUUCAGGCUGAUUCUUUCUCACAAGCACACAGAGAAAAAGACUUCAUAUGUCUUCGCUCUUCCACCCCUGGUACUGUCGCAUAUAGAGAUAAAGAAAAAGGGUCUCUUUUUAUCCAGCAUAUUGUUAAAGUACUGAACACCUUCGCACACAAGGAUCACAUUGAGGAUCUUUUCAAAACAGUCAUGCGCAGCUUUGAGAAACUGCCGAUUGAGACCGAAGAAGGAGAGGAUAAACAGAUGCCAACCACAGAAAGAGGCAAUAUGCCUAGGUACUUCUAUCUCUUUCCCGGCAUUUUGAUACAGGAUCCAGUAUUGUAGCAGCACAAGACAUUGGACUUUGUUGCUAUGUUUCAUUCAUUUAAAUGUAUUCCACUUUGUAAUUAGAUCAAAUAUACAUUUUAUAUUUCAGACAGUGUGUAAGACUUUAAAUUAAUGGAGAACAAAAGUUAAAGAGUUUUAUUAACUUUUAAUCCUUGAUUCAGCCAAACCAAUUAACAAAUGUAAUGUACUGUUCUAGCCUGUGAUUUGUUGUAUUUGUGUUUAUCAUUAUUAUUUGCUAUUAAAAGUGAAUGAAUGUUAUAUUUAGAUUCAUUGAUUACCUUGAUUACCUGUGUAUCUGUUGCAAGUAGGCGUAGUUUUGGCUUGAAUCCCGCAUAGUCACCUGAGUAAGGCAGCUAGUGGUCAGUCUAGCAGUGUCAAUGUCGGGUGACGCUGCGGUGAAAUGACAUUUUGACCAUUUUUUUCUACACUUAAUGCUUAUCUUAUAUUACUUUUUUAUUAUUUUCAUUAAGCUUUGAGUUUAAUAGAAAUCAUGGAUUCAACUUUGGAAACUCCUUGUUUGAAAAUAAAUUCAUCAAAGUUUGAAGAAACCUGCGUUUGGAGUUUGUUAAAAAUCACCACAGUUUGAAACCCGGCAGCAACACCACCUUCUGAUACUUAGACAAUUAUUAAUAUCCUUCAAUCUUCUGUAUUUUGGUCUUACGGCACAGAUAACAUGUAAUGUUAAUGCUGUAGGUUGUGGCGGGUAACAUAGUUAGAGUGUAAUUGACAGUGGGAAUUGUUAUAACAAUUAGGAUUAUAAUGUAAUUCAGAUGUCUUGAAUCAUGCAGUGUGUGUUCCUAUUUUUACAUGACGU